AUGACAGAGACAAGACGCUCAUCCUCUGGUGACCAUCAGGUCCACGAGGCCACCCCUCCCACCACUGCAAUGGACGACCUGAAGAAAGACAUCUCUCAUGUCGAGCGAGUGCUUUCCCCCAACGACAAAGAUGCGGUGGACUAUUCCCGUGUCGACAACGAGCUCCAGGAAUAUGCAAACCGCGGCCGGGUAGAAAUCGAUGAAGCCACCAGUCGAAUGCUGCGACGCAAGAUCGAUCGCCGCGUGCUAGUGAUCAUGAUCUUAACAUAUUUCUUACAAGCCCUGGAUAAAGGCACAAUGUCCUUUGCAUCCAUCAUGGGUAUUCGCGAGGAUAACAACCUCCACGGCCAGCAGUACUCCUGGUUGACAACCUGUAUCUACAUUGCUGUCCUGAUUGUAGAGUAUCCAACGAACUGGAUUCUCCAACGAGUGCCAAUCGCCAAAUACCUUGGUAUCAAUAUCAUCCUGUGGGGUUCCGUUUUGGCACUCCACGCGGCUUGCCACAACUUUGUCGGUUUAGUCGUCGUGCGUACCCUCUUGGGUAUCUUCGAAGCUGUCUGCCAGCCGUCAUUCGUGAUCCUAUCCGGAAUGUGGUAUAAGCGAGAGGAACAAGCUGACACAGUCACAUAUUGGUACAUGAUGAACGGAGGUCAACAAAUUGUCGGCGGUCUGCUAGCAUACUGCUUUAGCUUGAUCGGCAAAGACAAGGCCAUCCACUCAUGGCAGGCGAUUUUCAUCGCAUACGGGUGCCUUUCAGUACUCUGGGGCUUGUUUGUCCUUUACUGGAUGCCCGAUUCACCGAUGCGAGCCAAGUGCUUCACUGAAGAAGAGAAGCAUUUGAUGGUCGAGCGUGUCCGUGCCAACCAGACCGGUAUGCAAAACAAGCAGUUCCGUAGUUACCAGAUGUGGGAAGCCUUCCGUGAUCCGCAAAUGUGGUGUUACUGUGCCAUCCAGGUCUUCACCACACUUCCCACGAGCGGCCUGGGCUCCUUUGCAAACAUUAUUAUCACGGGCUUCAACUUCACCGAGCUGCAGACUCAGCUAUUAGCUAUGGUGUUGGGUUUCUACAUCAUUGUCGUCCUGAUGUCGUCCGCAUGGUUAGUGAAGAAGACUAACCAGAACCUGCUCAUCAUGCUGGGCUUUAUCAUCCCAUCCUUUGUCGGAACCAUCGUCCUGAUGACAGUCGAAAACAAGAACUUGGCCACAAAGGCCGGUCUCCUCAUCAGCUACUACAUCACUCUCUCUUUCUGGUCUGCCCAGGGUCUCUGUCUCUCCAUGGUCUCCCGGAACAUCGCAGGAGCAACCAAAAAGUCCACCGUAGUUGCAGCCACCUUCGUCUCGUGGGCUGUUGGCAACGCCAUCGGUCCGCAGGUUUUCCUAGCCAAAGACGCGCCCCGCUACUUUAUUGCCUUCGGUGUCCAUCUAGGAUGUUACUCCGCCAUGACCUUGGCCGUGAUCUUCCUUCGCUUCUACCUGAUUGCGCAGAACAAGAAGAAGGAGCGCAUGUUGCAGGAGGCUGGAGUUAACCCUGCCACUGCUGACAACCUUGACCACGCUUUCGAGGACCGGACGGACCAGGAGAAUCUUCACUUCAGAUAUAUCUAUUAG